GCUGCUGCCGGCAAGGAGCCGGAGCGGGGCUGCUCUCCGAGGGAAGGCGAGCGGCCACAGCGCAUCCCGCGGCACCAGAAGCAGGGCAGACACUACGGGCUGCCGAGGACUCUCUCGGAGCGUGAGGCGAGGCGGGGUAGCGGGCCAGGCCCUCCCAGGAGCCCCAACAGCCGGCUGAUUGUUAUAACUGACCUGUCCACUGGAGCUUUUAAGCACUAAACCACUGCCAAGCAACUUGUAUGAAUUGCAAGCUUAGUAAAAGAUUUGGAUGGAGUCUCAGUAUCUGAAGCAAUGCCUGGGAGAUUGCUUGAAGAAAGGACUGGCAGAGGUUGUAGAGCAUCGGCCAGCAGAUCCAAUAGAGUAUCUUGCACACUGGAUUUACAAAUACAGAAGAAACUUAGAUGAAGAAGAAAAGAGAAUACUGGAGAGAGCUGAGCUGGAAGAAGAACGGGUGGCAGCCCAAGCAGAACUUGAAAGGUUAAAAAUCGAGGAAGAGCAGCAGAAACUGGAGGAGCAACGGCAGGCUGAGUUGGAGAAAGAACUUGCAGAGUUGGAAGCACAGAAAAAGGAAGCUGAAAGGCAGUUGCAGCAGGCAAUAGCUGAAGUUACAGAUGAACCUGAGGAGCCAGAUGAGAGUGAACCUGGUCAAACAGACCUCCCAACAGUAAUAGAAGAAGAAGAAGAAGAGGAAGAAGAAGAAGGAGAAGAAGAAAGUUAGAACUGACCUGAGAGCAGUAAAUAUAUUUUCUACUCAUUACUUGCUAUCCUGAAGUGUAGUAUCUUGAUUUAUGUGUUUUAUAAAUAUAACUGAUUUAUGUAACUUUUUUCUGGUGUGUGUUUUCAAGGUCUUUCUAUAAAGUCUGUUAUUUCUGAUAUCUAUUCUUCCUUUUUGUUCUUAAAGCAUUGUAACUAGCGUGGCUGACUUAUAGGAAGAAAAUUGCAGCUGAAAUGAAAGCAACAAAUAUAUUUUCUACUUGUUGCGUAUUGAAGUAACCAUAAUAAAUAACAAUAUAACUAAAGUGUCAAUAUGAUUUGAGGAUGGAUGCUACAAUAUGAUAAUUUGAAUAAAUGUUAAAAGAAUAAAAUAUUACUGAAAAUUA